AUGAGCCUACAAGCGCUCCAUUUGCUCUUGCCGUACCCGAGCAUCAGCUCAGGUGAGGAGGAAGCAUCCAAGAUCUCGCACGAGUUGGGAUGCGCUGAAGAGGAUGUCCUUGCCCUUGCGAAGUGGAGGCAGCUUGCCAAAGACGAGGCCAAGAAGGCAAAGGAACUGCUUCAGGGCAUCGAGAGUGAGAAGGCAGAGAGUGAUGGGCGCAUUGCAGAUCUCAAGGCCGCCGUGAAGCGACAGGGCCGCCCAAACACUGCAAAGGCAUUGGAGGCCGAGGCGACGCGUGACCGUCGACAGGCGUUGGAUGAGCACUGCGCGAGAAUGCAGUUACUUCGGGACUACAUUGCCGGCCGCCUCCCCUCCUUGGAGCAGGGAGUUUUGCCGGAGCUCUUGGCGGCCCCUGAAUCUGAAGCAGAUCCGCGGGAGGAGGAUGCAGAGGCCGCACCCACCUUUGACGUGGACUCCGUGGACGAUGUUGUUGAUGAGAUGAAGUUGGCACACGACCGGGUCAUGAAAAACUUGAUCGACACUUCCAACAGCAUCAUUGAGAAGAAGAACAACACCUGGAAGCGAAUCAACAAAGGGCUGUUCCUCACCAGCAUCCUCCGGCCGGAGCGCUGCGCGCUUUCCGAGCACCCGACCAUCCGGGAAGUCCUGGAUGUUGCCGAAUCACUUUGUCGCGAUCGCCACGCGCGGAACAUGCCGUUGCCGAGGCCUGGUCCUACCGAGGAUGUCCAGCCAGAGCCAGCAAGGGCCCCAGACGUCCCGAACAAGGAGCAUUCAGAUGGUGAAAGCUCUGAGGGGCAACCAAUGGACUAG